GCGGGCGCGGGAAGAUGGCGGCAUCGGCGAGCGCGGCUGCGGCCGAGCAGAGUUCCAAUGGUCCUGUAAAGAAGUCCAUGCGUGAAAAGGCUGUUGAGAGAAGGAAUGUUAAUAAAGAGCAUAAUAGUAACUUCAAAGCCGGAUACAUUCCCAUUGAUGAAGAUCGUCUCCAUAAAACAGGACUGAGAGGGAGAAAGGGCAAUUUAGCCAUCUGUGUGAUUAUCCUCUUAUUUAUUCUGGCUGUCAUCAAUUUAAUUAUAACCCUUGUUAUCUGGGCUGUGAUUCGCAUUGGACCAAAUGGUUGCGAUAGCAUGGAGUUUCACGAAAGUGGUCUGCUUCGAUUUAAGCAAGUAUCUGACAUGGGAAUUAUACAUCCUCUCUACAAGAGCACAGUAGGAGGGAGGCGAAAUGAAAAUUUAGUCAUCACAGGAAACAACCAACCUAUUGUUUUCCAGCAAGGGACAACAAAGCUCAGUGUAGAAAAGAACAAAACUUCUAUUACAAGUGACAUUGGAAUGCAGUUUUUUGACCCAAGGACUCAAAAUAUCUUGUUCAGCACAGACUAUGAAACGCAUGAGUUUCAUUUGCCAAAUGGAGUGAAAAGUUUGAAUGUUCAAAAAGCAUCUACUGAAAGGAUUACCAGCAACGCUACUAGUGACCUAAAUAUAAAAGUUGAUGGACGUGCUAUCGUGCGUGGAAAUGAAGGCGUAUUCAUUAUGGGCAAAACCAUUGAAUUUCACAUGGGUGGUAAUAUGGAGUUCAAGGCGGAAAACAGCAUCAUCUUGAAUGGAACCGUGAUGGUCAGCCCAACUCGCCUACCUAGUUCCUCCAGUGCAGACCAGUUUAGCAGCAGCGAGUGGGUGCGCUACAAGCUGUGUAUGUGUGCUGAUGGGACGCUCUUCAAAGUUCAAGUAACAGGCCAGAACAUGGGCUGCCAAAUCUCAGACAACCCCUGUGGAAACACUUACUAGAAGAACCUGAGAGUUCACCAGUAUACUCACAUCUAAACUUGGCUUUUGUUUUUUAAGAGCGACGCACAUCAUGUUUUUACAGAGUUCGUGACAACGCAUAAUUAUUUUAUCUGCAGAGCACUACUAUUAUAUAGUCUUGAUAUUUAGAAAUUCUCAGAGAGCCCAAAUUCUGUUAUAUUUCAUUAAGUUGUGCUGAUCUUCAAAGUUCUCUAAAAUAAUUAUCAAAAGUUGAGUAAAAUCAAAAUCUCCUUAAUGAAGUGCUUUUAAAGUACUGUUCCUUUUCUAAAAGAUAAAGCACUGCAACAAUUAUUUAGACUCUCUGAAAGUUUUUGAUAACUAAUGGGGAUAGACCCACUUAAAGUGAUUGAAAGGUACCCUGUCAAUAGAUGUGACACGCUCCGUCUUUUGGAUUCUAAGAGGAAAGACUUUACUACAUUCACUUUCAUCCAUAUUCUUCAUAUCUUGCAAUUGAAGUCAUUAAAGAACUUUACAUAUGUGAGAGAAGAAAAACUAUGGUUCCUUAGUUUGCACAAAGAAGAAGAAAAUAGAGUGUUUACUUGAAAUAAUGAUAAAUAGUAAGUGUUCGCAAUGUGGUAGAAAUGAAAACAAUCUCAGCUGUAACUUUUAGUGAUUACAGCUGUCAUUUAUGGAGCAUCUUACACACGCUAGGCAUUGCGUAGGAUUGCAUGUCUAAUGUCUCUUAUUCUCACCACAACUUUGUGAAUGGACAUUAUUAUCCCAGUUUUACCCACUAGUAAACAGAAGAUCAGAGAAUUUAAGAGAGUUAUUGAAUGUCUCAUAGGACUUCCAGAGUUGGGAUUGAAAUUCUGGUGUAAGUCAAACCUAAAUGUAACUGCUCAGAAUAUCACAUUCCUGUCACUAUCUGAAUUGAAGUUAUAAUUAUUUAAAACUCUAGAUAGAUGAACAAACAUGAACUUAAACUUAUCUAAGCAGAGAAGACUCAAAUAAUAAAUGCUUAGUCAGUAAAGAUAAAUAUCAUAUCCAAAAUAUGAUCAGUCACUAUCAAAUUUUGAACUACCUUAUGCUAAUUUUGAAGUAUAGUGAGAUUAAAUUGACCUUGUUGUGGAUUACCCUAUUUUCUCAGUCAAUGGGACUGGGCCCUACAAUAUGUACGGUAAAAGGUUGUUAAGGUAUUUAUACUCUCAGUCUUCCUGCCAACACUGGGAAGUGGGGAGCAUGGCCCCAAGCAAGUGCUGCUGGCCCCAGGAAUGACCGAGGGCAUUUACCCCUAUGGGACAUAUAAAUAGUACUCUUUUUAAUGUGUCCUAAGCCUUGAAAAGAACCAGGUAGCAGUAGACUAAAGCAUGCUAAUGCAGGAAUUAAUACAAGUAAUUCUUAAGUAAGAAAAUUGAUCUCGGCUCCCAACAUCACUACCAUCCCAGUGUAAAUGAUCUAUAGCCUUCAUGCUAGUUGAUUUUUAAUGUAUUUUUUAUUGACUCAAAAGGAACUAUGGCACUAUGAAGACACACAGUAUCAGGAACAGAGAUCUCAAAAUAUUUGUUGUAAAGUAGGUAGUAGAGAUAAUUCACAGGCCCCACACUGCAUUCUAAUACAACAGUAUUCUAUCUUAGUCACUUUGAACUGUGUAGAUAAGCAAAUCAAUACAAUAACCAGUUUGCACUCUAUAUUGUUACAGUUCUCUCUGAGAGAAAACCUCAAAGCUUAGAGAUUGUGAAUACUCUUCGAGUAUACUAAAAUAGUGAUUGACUUACUUAUACGGAGAGUUUUUACAUAAAAAAGGGAGGGAAAUUUAUAACCUCUUCAGUGCUGUUACUUUUGGUGAUAUUUAGAACCCAUUUGAAUAUAUUCAGUACCAUUUAAUGGAAUUUUCAUUCAGAUAAUUUGUAUAUUUUUUAAUUUUACAUACAUCACUUGCCUGCUCUAUUCAGAUUUGUUUUGAGAAUUUAAAUAUUGUUACAAAAGUCAUAGGACACUAUGUUACAAAGUAUUAUUUAUUGAAUGUAAUCCAUGAAAUCUAUUUUUACUUCUCUGAUAAAUACUUGUUUUGGUACAUCUCCAUGAAGUGCUUUUGACAUGAGAGGAUAUUUUGAUGUUUUUAUAUAGCUGUUGCUAAGUAACAGGCAUAGUAUUUGGGACACCUUACACGUAGCACUUGCUUUUCCACUGAAAGGUAGACCUGGAAGAUUCAUUAGAAAGUAGAACAAGAACAAACCAUCCAUUUUACCUGCAACUACUUUGCCUAUCAGUAAAACUUAAGCUAUUCAUCUCACCACAGAUGGCAUUUUUUUAUUAACUAAAAUGUUACCUUUUUCUCUGCCUGCUGUUUUUCCUUCCCUCCAUUGAUCACUGUUGUGACCAGCAGCAGACUUGGGGGAGGUAGAUGACAAAGACAGGAUCUAGGAGAAGGGGGAAGAUGCCUGCUUAUUCAAAUUACCACAGUGCUUUAGAGGUCGAUUGCAAUGACAUGGGGACACAUCAAAUAAAAGAAACAUAUUUGAGACCAUCUAAUGGGCAGGAAGGAAAAACGCAAAGCCACCCCAAGAGGGACUGCCCACAGACAAUCUGCUCUAUUUAAAAAGAUACUUAUUUUUAUUCUUGCAUUAUCAAAAACAAAACUGAUUGUGAUGAUUUGAUCAUGAAAGGUAGAAGUUCUACCUAAUUUUGAAGGAGUUUCUUUUUAAAGGGUGAGAAUGUUAUGGUGCUAAACUUGAAAAAAAGGAAGAGACCAUUCAAAUGCUGAUAGAUCUUAAAAGUGUUGAAGGAACAAAGGUUACAAAUUCUGCCAUAUAAAAAUAAACCUAUACAUGUUUUGGAUUGCUAAUUUGAGUUUCAGUAUUCAGUUUGUAAUAACUAUUAAUGACCUCUGUUUAUAAUAAAAAUUCUGCCAAUUGUUUGCUGUUAAUUUUUUAAUGGUUAAAGUAAUAAUACAAACUUGAUGAAUUUAAAUAUAGCUUGAGAAUGGCACACCAUCACUUGUGUAAACUCUCUGAAAUCCUAGCAUUUUUUUAGUUAGAAUUUGUAUGGUUCCAGUUUGGAUAGUCCUACCCUCUGUGCAUUUCACAAGACCUUUCUUCAGUGGCUGUUCCCCGUGUCCCAGGGAAAUGUGCUCACUGUCACCAAAGUGAAAGGCCAGAGUCUAGAGAUGAAAGGGUGAAGGUUUGCACAGACCAGGCUCCCUGAGCCAACAGGUGGAGCCUUAAAGGCUGCCCUCUAAAAUCUCUGUCUCAUUUGAUCCUGUUAGAGAACUGUUGAAAACAACUGUAGUAUCCUAAGGUAUGCCUUUAGAAACACUGUUAUAAUUGUGUUCUUUGUACGGCUUAUAAAAAGUAGCCUC